AGUGUUACGUUAUGUUUUAGUUACGAUGUGCAAUUUCCGAACGAACAUGGACCACGAUAUACAACUACAGAAGUAUAGUUGCUAAAGAGGACUAAAUUCAUGAACGCUUUUACAACAGUGGUUUUGAAAAUUGAUUAUUUGUUGUACAACAUAAACAACAAACCAAGAUGAUGGAGAGAUGUAGACCAGAAUGCAGAGAUUGCAGUAACCUAUGACUCAUGAAAAACUACAACCAAUACUGGUCACACCCAAAACCUUAUUCCCACUGAGGAUGAAGACGGUCGUCUUUGAAACGUUUGCAAAAUUUUCUGCAGACUGUAGUCCCCCCCAUGAGAUGUCAGUAGCAAUGGCACCUAAAUUUUCCUCAAUGUCUGGACCUUGCAGACUUUGCUUUAAGGCUGCCAAGUGGUUGCCAGUCUUAUUUAUUGUAACAGCUGUGGUAUGGUCAUACUAUGCCUAUGUCAUCCAGCUGAAUUUAUUCUCCAUUGACAGCAUCAUUGAAAAAAGCUUUUACUUAUUUGUUUACCACAUUCUGCUGUUCCUCUUCCUGUGGGCAUAUUGGCAGACAAUUUUCACAGAAAUCGGCAGAGUACCGAAACAGUUCCGACUACCGCCUUCCGAACUAGAGAGGUAUGAGGCUGCAGAAAGUGAUGAAGUUAGACGUGACAUAUUGGAGAGAUUUACUGAAAAGAACAAUCUCCCUGUAUACAAUCGCACUAUGACAGGAGAUAUACGUUAUUGUGAGAAAUGUGUCCAGAUCAAACCAGACAGAAGUCACCACUGUUCAGUGUGUGGGGAAUGUGUGCUGAAGCUAGACCAUCAUUGCCCUUGGGUCAAUAAUUGUGUUGCCUUCACAAACUACAAAUUCUUUGUCUUAUUUUUGGGCUAUGCUCUUAUUUAUUGCCUCUUCAUUGCUGCAACCACUUUGCAAUAUUUCAUCAAAUCCUGGAAGAAUCAGUUGGGAGGAGUGUCAGGAUCAUUCCACAUUCUGUUUGUCUUUUUUGUGUCCAUCAUGUUUGCAAUCAGUCUGGUAUCCUUGUUUGGAUACCACAUCUUCCUUGUUUCCAAGAACAGGUCCACUCUGGAGUCUUUCCGUGCACCAAUCUUCCGCCUGAGUCACACAUGGGUGCAAGACAAAGAUGGUUUUAGCUUGGGUGCAUACAACAACUUUCUGGAAGUGUUUGGUGACAACAAGAAGUUGUGGUUCCUGCCGGUAGCCACCAGUCUAGGCGAUGGUGUAAGUUACCCGGUGCGCGGCCAACAGCCCCCUUCUACUACUACUGCCACCACUACCCCAGUGCAAUCCUAUGGCAGCACACAGACCAGGAAAACUGCAUUUAAAGACUUAAGACAAAGCCUAGGUGAUGGGGUCACCUACCCUCAGCGAUGUGUUGAUGAAGAUACAGAUGACCUCCUAGGCUCUCGCCAACGAUGGGCUGAAGAUGAGGAAGAAAAUGACCUUACCACAGGAUUCACAAAUAACCACACAUAUCCUCUGGAGGAGGUGGUGGUCCAGUCCAACCACACUAAUCCUGUGUAGACCAACACCUCAAAGAAGACCUUCUGUCGGCCUAACUUCAUAGAGACAUUCCUACACCCCAAGACAGUGUGGACUAUAAUGUUGCUGGAGAAGGGGGAGUCUCACUUCUGCUGUUUAUAGAGUAUUAAGAUACCAUAGUGCAUACAGUUAUUACUUCCAAGACUUCAUAGUAAACAGAAGUGCUAUGCCUUAAAUUUUGAUCGUUUUUCUCACUGUGUCUUUAAAGGUUAUAUGAUGGAAAUCUCCAAGCUUAAGACUGGAAAUGUCUGCAAUCUCUGAAGUCGUAAUAGGUCCUUCAUGGGCCAGAAUAAGAUCCCAAUUUAUUGAAUUAACAUUAAAGAUAGAACAGAGAAUUUAUGCAUUGAGCAUUGGUUAGACAGAAUUAUGAUGGUGUAUGCUAUAUUUUAUAUUGAAGGACACAUUAUGUAUAAAAAAUAAAAGGAUGUAACAAAUCCUUUUUCUUGAUUGUUUUUUUUUUUUUUUUUUUUUUUUUUUUUUUUUUUUUUUUAUAAGAGAACCAGCAAUUUUUUUUUAUUCUUUUCUUAAAUGGAACAGGAAUUCUCAUACUUUUUUGUACUUAUUCAUAUUGGCAAGUAUAAUACAUAUCUGUACUCUCUGGUAGGGAUAGGAGACUUCAUUUUCUUGUCUUUUUUAUCAUUAUCAUUAUUAUCAGUGAAUUGCUAUCAUUACUAUAGAUAGCUGAUUGCUUUUGUGAUCUUGUUGAAGUAAAAGAUUCUUGAAGAGGAUUCAUGAUAUGUUCAUAUCUGACUGUGGAUGUGAAUUUACUGAAAUUGUCUUUGAUAAUUAACAAUUGGUUUCAAGUAAUUAGCCAGGUUAUGAUUUUUAAUGAGGUUUUUGUUUCUUUUGAACAAAUACAAUGCUACAGUUAAAAGUAGACUAGUCUUGUGAUUUGAUAUUAAACACAUGGUUUUCAGUUUUUUUUCUUAUAUUUGCAUUUGUGUGUAUAGGAUGGGUGCUUUUGUGUGCAUGAUUUUGCAUCAGUAUGUGUGAGUGCUUGUACGUACACAUCAAUGUACACAUUUGUAAUAUUUACAUGUGUUCACAAUUACAAACAUGCAUAUAUAUAAAAAACAUGCUCACAUAUACAAAUAUGUAUAUUGAAGUCUAUCAUGGAUGAGAUGUGUCAGUGUGAACAUUUUUAUAUUUUUACUGUAGUGCAGAUCAAGACACUGCAGAUAAUUUUAGUAAGCAACACAAUGUGAGGAAUUUUUAUUUCACUAAGUCACUAAUUUUUGGUUUGUUUGAAUGUGUAAAUUUGAAAUCUGUAAUGUUUGCUUAUUAUUAUUAUUAUUAUUAUUUUUUUUUUUUUAGAUAAAUGAUUGCUCUGAAGACUAACUUUGUUUUGCAUUUCAGUUGUACCACUUUGACACUUUAACUACUUGAGCAAUCUUCUGUGAUGCCUUGCAACAUUUUAGAUAUUCAAGAUGAAAUGACUACAUUCUUGUAGCUGAAUCAGUUUUUUUCUGUAGUCAUUCUUGUAAUAAUGACUCACCAAAGAUUUCUCACAAGUCCUAGAAUAUAUGAAGGCCUCCAAAACAGAUAAAACCCUCAUAUCUUUUUUAUUAGUAGUAUUUUAAGGAAGUCAGAAGGUAUGGAAUUGCUCUACUGUUUGGUUUGUUUCAUUAGAUUAUUAGUACUGCUAUUUUAUAGAAAAAAAUUUCCUCUUCACAUUUGCAGUCGCUUUUCAUUAUUGUGUUUCUUUAUUUUAUUAUACAAUUAUAAAAUUAUUUCCCCUUGUUUGUUUCACAAAUACCCUUCUGUGAGAUAGUUACUUCUGUUGUACAUUGUUUUGUCUGUUUAGGAAGCACAAAUUUAAUAAGCUAAGAAAACAUAAAAUGCAAAAAAAAAAAGAUAAAAACUAAAUAAUGGUGAUGCACAUGGGCUUGCAGGCUGACAAAAGUCCUGAAAAAGCCAGUUGUCAACAGUACAUGGUAAUGGCAAAUAGCUUAAUAUUUUUUAAAAUUAUAGUGUGCAAGUGGCACCUCUGUGCCGUUUUGGUGACAAACUUGUGUUAACAUGAUGUCUUUAGAUACUAGUAUUUGUUGCAUUUAUGAUAUUUACAUCACUUUGAUAUGAAUAUAAUUUUAUCAUAUUUCUUAAGUCUCUGCUCACAUUGUACAGUUGACCUAUUCAAAGAAAAACAAUAUUUUGUCAGUGCUGUACUUACAAUGUUUUCAAAGAUUUUGUAUGUGUACUUGUAAAUUGUAUAAUACAUUGACAAAGAUACAAAAACUGCUUUACCAUUAUAUAACAUGUUGAGCCCAAAGUGCUUGUAAGAGGAUCAAGGAAUUACCUCUGAAAUGGCUUCAUUUCUCUAGGAAAGACAGUCAAUAUUGGCAGGAUGAUUAUUAGCCUUAAAACAUGUAUUUUAGGUCUCACUUUUGGGAUGUAAAUGUGAUGAAUUUUAUAUUAGAUUCACACACUGUUAUAAGGUUUCAAUUACAUAAUGUUCCAUUUCAGAUCAUCUUAGAAAAAUAGCUUUGAAGUGA